GUUCCCGCUUCUUACACCGCUCCCAAGCCCCGGUCUCCGCCGCCGCUCCCCCAUUCCCCCCUCCCAGUCAAAAAUCCGUCUCCUCUCGGUCUCAUCCCCUCCAAACGCCGCUAAACCCUCGCUCACCCCGCCGCUUCCUCCCUCCCGUCCGUCCGCCGCUCCGAUCAACCUGUUCGCCCCCCCCCCCCCCCCCCUUUCUCCCGAUUGCCCCGUCGCCGCCCUCGGCUCGAGAUCUCCGGGACUCAGAUUGCUAAGCUUGCUUUGCAUCAUGGAGGAGGGGGACAAGGAUGAGGUGAAAAUUUCUGCCACUGAGGAGUCCCCUAAUCCUGGAGAAAAGGUUGAAGGUGAAGGGGAUUUGUUGAGGAAAACAGAAAUGUUGGAUGUAAAAGAAGCAACAAAUUCUUUGAGUGAGAAUUUAAGCAAUGAGUCAGAAGGGCAGAUCCAUGGGGGAGAAAAACCCGAAAACAGUCUCCAUGAGCAGGUGAAUAAAAGGAGAAGCUCAGAUGCUAUUGAACCUAUAGAUUCAAACGAGAUCGUGCAAGAGAUUAUUGAAGAAGAAAAAUCUGAAGAGCCAGUUUUUUAUGGAACUGAGUUUCCUGAAAUACAAGAAUUGAGGCGCUCUACUUCUUCCAACCAAUCUGUGGAGCUUGAUUCUGAAGCUCAGGAAUCUGUGAUCAAUGAAAAAGCUGCUGCAAUUAGGAACUUUGUGAAGGAAAAGGGCGCCAUUGCAUCAACAUUUAUCCGCCGCCUAUCUGGCAGAAAGGAUGAGAAUGAUAUUUCUGUUGAAGAUGAAAAGAAUGAUGGCUCAGAAAGUGAAAAUAGUGAGAAGACUGGCUCAGGUGCUGAAUUGAAACCAAAAGGGGCACCUCAGAAAUUUGAGGAAAAAACUACAUGGAAUCCAUUGAACUUGAUUAGAAUUGGAGGAGAUACUGAUACUGCUAUUACUGGGGAAGCUGUGCCCGGUUUGGUUGAGCAACCAACUGUGAAGGGAAGGAUUAUCCUAUACACAAAACUGGGGUGUGCAGAUUGCAAAAUGGUUCGGUUAUUCUUGCAUCUGCAAAGGCUCAAGUAUGUUGAGAUUAACAUCGAUAUAUUCCCUAGUAGGAAACUGGAAUUGGAGAAGAAUACCGGGUCAUCCACAGUACCGAAAGUGUAUUUCAAUGACCUUCUGAUUGGAGGCUUAUCUGAACUGAAGAAAAUGGAGGAGUCUGGCAUGCUUGAUGAGAGGACCAGUGUUCUUUUCAAAGAUGAACCCUCAUCUGAUGCUCCUUUGCCCCCCUUACCUGGAGAAGAUGACGAAUCUGGAUGUGGGAAGAUGGAUGAGUUGGCAACCAUCGUUCGAAAAAUGAGGGAGUCAAUCACUCCAAAGGAUAGAUUUUACAAAAUGAGAAGAUUUAGCAAUUGCUUUCCUGGCAGUGCAGCUGUAGAUUUCUUAUCAGAAGAUCAGUAUUUGGAGAGAGAUGAGGCGGUGGAAUUUGGAAGAAAGCUUGCAAGCAAACACUUCUUCUGUCAUGUUCUAGAUGAAAAUGUCUUUGAAGAUGGAAAUCAUCCAUAUCGUUUCCUAGAUCAUGAUCCCAUAAUUAUGACUCAGUGCUACAACAUUCCUAGGGGCAUCAUUGAUGUUGCACCAAAACCCAUUGUGGAAAUCGCUUCAAGGUUGAGAAUGUUAUCUUAUGCCAUUUUUGAGGCUUAUGUAUCUGAAGAUGGUAGACAUGUUGACUACAGAAGCAUCCAGGGAUCUGAGGAAUUUAAAAGGUAUAUUAGAACAACCGAGGAGCUCCAGAGGGUGGAAAUUAGUGAUUUCUCGCGUGAAGAAAGGCUGGCUUUCUUCAUAAAUCUGUACAAUAUGAUGGCUAUCCACGCAUUAGUGACAUGCGGUCAUCCUGCUGGACCAUUGGACAGGAAAAAGUUUUUUGGAGACUUUAAGUAUGUCAUUGGUGGCUGUGCCUAUUCACUGUCAGCUAUCCAAAAUGGCAUUCUACGUGGCAACCGAAGGCCACCAUACAACCUUGUGAAACCUUUCGGACAGAAAGACAAAAGAUACAAGGUGGCCCUAUCAUACCCUGAACCACUUGUUCACUUUGCUUUGGUAUGUGGUACCAAAUCUGGACCUGCACUUAGGUGUUACUCACAAGGAAAUAUUGAUAAGGAAUUGAUGGAAGCUGCACGUGAUUUCCUAAGGAACGGUGGACUGGUUGUUGAUCCUGAAGCAAAGGUUGCAUCCCUAAGCAAGAUUUUGCAUUGGUAUAAGACAGAUUUUGGUAAGAAUGAAACAGAAGUGCUGAAGCAUGCAGCGAAUUAUCUGGAGCCUGCAGAGUCGGAACAACUCCUGGAACUGCUUGCAAACACUCCACUGAAAGUCUCGUAUCAACCUUAUGACUGGAGCUUGAACAUUUAGAUGCAGCCAUGAUAUUUAUACAGAUAUUUUCCUUACUAGUAUACCGGUCACCCAAAGACUUUGCAGCUUGAACUCUUAGAUGCAGCCAUGAUACCUAUACAGAUGUUUUCCUUUCUCGUAUACUGGUCGCCUAAAGAUUUGUCAAAGGAUGCCGUUUAAUGUACCCAGAAUUUUUUCUUGCGAGGGUGUCAGGUGCACCCAGCAAUGCUGUGGACCCUGGAUUUCUGGCAAACUGGAUGGCCAUCAAUCAACUGAAUUCUGGUCAUCUCUAAUGAGCUCCUUCCGUGGUUGUUGAUUUU